AUGAGUUCUCAGCGGUCAUUCCCUGCAGACGACUUCGGUAUCUACUAUGUCCUUGCAGAGUGCACAGAUCAUUAUGAUACCCUUCCAGUUAACGAGGCUGACAAGAACCAGCCCCACUUCCAGGGGGUCACUGGCCUGCGGAACUUGGGCAACACGUGCUACAUGAACGCCAUCUUGCAGUGUCUCGGCAGCAUCUCGCCGCUGGUGGAGUACUUCCUCUCCGGAAAGUACAUUACUGCUCUCCAAAAGGACUGCGGUGAUGUGGCCACUGCUUUCGCUUACCUGAUGACAGACAUGUGGCUUGGAGACUCAGACUGUGUCUCACCGGAAAUAUUUCGGUCGGCUCUUGGCAACCUCUACCCAGCAUUUAUGAAAAAGACGCAACAAGAUGCUCAGGAAUUCUUGAUUUAUGUCCUAAAUGAACUUCAUGAGGCUCUGAAGAAGUACCAUCGAAGACGCUCCUGUGAGAAGGGAUCCACUCAGAGAUGCUGCAGGAAGGCAAUUGCCAACGAGACAUCCAUCAUCACACGGCUGUUUGAAGGGCAGCUCAAUUACGGCAUCAUCUGUCUGAAGUGUGAGAACUGUACCUACAGGAACGAAGUCUUCACCGUCCUCUCCCUCCCCAUCCCAUCCGAGUACGAGUGCUCCCUGCAGGAUUGUCUCCAGUGUUUUUUUCAACAAGACACAUUGACUUGGAACAACCAGAUUCAUUGCUCCUUUUGUGAAACCAAGCAAGAAACAGCUGUGAGAGCCAGUAUUUCCAAAGCACCAAAAAUAAUCAUUUUUCACUUAAAAAGGUUUGACAUUCAGGGUACAGUGAAGAGGAAACUGAGAACAGACAUUCAUUACCCACUCACUAACUUGGACCUCACUCCUUACAUUUGUCCAGUCUUCCGGAAACAUCCGAAAUACAAUCUCUGUGCAGUGGUGAACCACUUUGGUGAUCUGGACGGUGGCCACUACACUGCUUUCUGCAAGAACUCAGUUGCUCAGGCCUGGUACAGCUUUGACGACACCCGCGUCAGUGAGAUUCCCGACACUUCAGUUCAAACCUCCACAGCCUAUCUCCUGUUCUACAGCUGCCAGCCUUUCUCUCUACCUACACGGAAAGGCACACGCUAGGCAAAGGGUGUUUCCUGAAAACUGCAAAACGAGCAAUCUGGUGGUGGAGUUUUGCUUCGUCAUUAAACUCUUAAAACUUACUUGUAUCGCUAAUGCUUUCAACCAUUUCUGGCAUGUCACAUAACCUCUGUUAGACAAGGCUACAGAAAAGACGACGGUUCCUGAGCUCAAUGAAAAGGUCUCGUGCAAGCAACGAAAUGCUGAGGGAUGGGGCCUUCAAAGCACUGCAGAUGACAUGCCAAGUUCAGGUUUCAAAUUCAAUGUUUAUUAGCUGGCUUGUUCAAUAGAUUUUCCAAAGACACUUUAUAGAGCUAAACAAAAAUAAUUUUUGUUCAAAUGGUUAUGUAAGCUUACGAAUGUGAUCUUAAAUGCUACACUUUAGCCAAGAAGGCUAAUGAAACCAUGAAAAGCUUGACCACUCAAAACCCAUUCUUUCAUCUUUUCCCUGAGUGUCUGCCGACAUUGACUGAAUCUUUCAGAGGCACUUUUAGAAUGUAUUUAUACGGAAUGUUUGUUAUCUAUAGCAACCAAAUUCCCAAGAUAAAGGAACUUAUCUGUUUUAUUACAUCUUUCUGUAAAGAUGUAGUACAUAAUGUAAUUCACUUUGCAACUUUAUGCCUGAUUCCUAUCCCUUUUUACGUUAAUAUUAGGAAUUAAUAUUAUUAAUAACAUUUAAGGAUAGAAUGGGUCAUGGGGUAUUUUACUUCUGACUUUCAGUUCUGCGAAUCCUAUGUGCUAUGUAGUUCUGGUGUGACAUUGAAGGAAGAAUGGAAUCAAGCCUCAAUACAAAAGAAAGCAAUGUGGUGAAAUAAAAUGU